AUGGCUAGCCUCGGUAUCAACGGUUUCGGCAGAAUCGGUCGUAUUGUCCUCCGUAACGCUCUCGAGCACGGUGGCGUAAACGUCGUCGCUGUCAAUGACCCAUUCAUUGACCUCGAAUACAUGGUUUACAUGUUCAAGUACGACUCAACCCACGGUAAAUUCAACGGUGAAGUUAGCCACAAGGAUGGUAAGCUCAUCGUCAACGGCAAGGAAAUCCAAGUCUUCGCUGAGAGAGACCCAGCUGCUAUCCCAUGGGGUAAGGCUGGUGCUUCAUACGUCAUUGAAUCAACUGGUGUAUUCACCACCAUUGAAAAGGCAGGUGCACACUUGAAGGGUGGUGCUAAGAAGGUCAUCAUCUCUGCUCCAUCAGCUGAUGCACCAAUGUACGUCGUCGGUGUCAACCUUGACUCAUACGAUCCAUCACAAACCGUCAUCUCAAACGCUUCAUGUACCACCAACUGCCUUGCUCCAUUAGCAAAGGUUAUCCACGACAAGUUCGGUAUCGUUGAAGGUUUAAUGACCACUGUUCACGCUACCACCGCUACCCAAAAGACCGUCGAUGGUCCAUCAGGAAAGGACUGGAGAGGUGGUCGUUCAGCUGGCCAAAACAUCAUCCCAUCAUCAACUGGUGCUGCUAAGGCUGUCGGUAAGGUUAUCCCAUCCCUUAACGGCAAGCUCACUGGUAUGGCUUUCCGUGUCCCAACCACUGAUGUUUCAGUUGUUGACUUGACCGCUCGCCUUGAGAAGCCAGCUUCAUACGAAGACAUCACCAAGGCCAUCCAAGAAGCCGCUAACGGUCCACUCAAGGGUAUCCUCGGUUACACCGACGAACAAGUCGUCUCAAACGACUUCAUCGGUGAUGUCAGAUCAUCAAUCUUUGACAAGAACGCUGGUAUCUCACUUAACAACAACUUCGUUAAGCUCGUUUCAUGGUACGACAACGAAUACGGUUACUCAAGACGUGUCGUUGACUUGGUUGCUUACGCAGCAAAGGCUGAUGGUAACUAA